AUGCAACGACGGCGGCGCCCUCCGCCACCUGCCUCGCAGCUGUCUGAGAGCUGCGGGGGAGGUGGCCGCGGAGGUGGAGGUGGGAGUGAAGAGGUGGAAGUGCAGUUCUCAGCCGGGCGUUUGGGCUCGGCCGCGGUGGUCUCGGCGGCGGCUGCGCGCAGCACCGAAGAGGAGGAGGAGCGGCUUGAGCGCGAGCAUUUCUGGAAGAUCAUUAAUGCCUUCCGCUACUACGGCACCAGUAUGCAUGAGCGAGUACACCGAACAGAAAGACAGUUUCGAUCACUUCCUGAUAAUCAACAGAAACUACUUCCUCAGUUUCUUCUUCACUUGGACAAGAUCCGGAAUUGCGUUGAUCAUAAUCAAGAAAUACUACUGACCAUUGUGAAUGAUUGCAUACAUAUGUUUGAAAAUAAAGAAUAUGGAGAAGAUGGGAAUGGAAAGAUUAUGCCAGCAUCUACAUUUGACAUGGAUAAGUUAAAAUCCACAUUGAAACAGUUUGUGAGAGACUGGAGUGAAACUGGGAAAACAGAGAGGGAUGCCUGCUACCAGCCAAUCAUUAAAGAAAUUUUAAAAAAUUUUCCAAAAGAGACAUGGGAUCCUUCUAAAGUAAAUAUUCUGGUACCUGGUGCUGGACUAGGAAGAUUGGCCUGGGAAAUAGCUAUGCUAGGUUAUGCUUGUCAAGGAAAUGAAUGGAGUUUUUUUAUGCUCUUUUCUUCCAACUUUGUACUCAACAGAUGUUCUGAAAUUAAUCAGUAUAAGCUUUAUCCCUGGAUCCAUCAGUUUAGCAAUAACCGGAGAUCAGCCGAUCAGAUCCGACCAAUCUUUUUCCCUGAUGUUGACCCCCAUAGCCUUCCUCCUGGUUCUAACUUUUCUAUGACAGCAGGAGAUUUUCAGGAGAUAUACUCAGAAUGCAAUACCUGGGACUGUAUUGCUACAUGUUUCUUUAUAGAUACAGCUCACAAUGUGAUCGAUUAUAUUGAUACAAUAUGGAAAAUACUCAAACCAGGUGGAAUUUGGAUAAAUCUAGGUCCUCUGCUGUACCAUUUUGAAAAUUUGGCAAAUGAACUUUCUAUAGAAUUGAGCUAUGAGGAUAUAAAAAAUGUUGUUCUGCAGUAUGGAUUCCAGGUAGAGGUGGAGAAAGAAUCUGUCUUGUCAACAUAUACUGUGAAUGAUCUGUCCAUGAUGAAAUACUAUUAUGAAUGUGUCUUGUUUGUGGUUCGUAAACCACAAUGAUUGUCUCAAGUGAUGUCACCAGGAAAAAAGUUUAAUAAGAGCAAAUGCUGAAAUAAACAACUCAAAAUCAGCUGUCAGUUAUGACAAGACAAGACCUCAAAUCAGUGGUGCCUUCUUAUUCCUAAAACAAUUUAGAAAUAGCAUCUAUUUUCUUAAUAUGUGUCUAUUGCCUUUUCAGAAAUAUACUAUGCCAUGCAUAUUUGUACUAUACAAGUGAAAUGGAAGAAAUGUC